CAUUCCUAGAAGAGGAGCACCAGAGGAGCACUGCACUGCAUUGAAUCAGUUUACUGUUUAAUAGUAGAGUGGUUCUGGUACCUACUUAGUACUAGAUCUACAGCUAAGAGCUAUAUCUUAUUGUUGAAUAUGGCUGACGAUGAAUUACAUAUGCAAGAUGUGUCUGAAGAAGAAGUUAAUGCAAUGGAGGCGACAACCAAUGCAGUUAAACAACAACGAAAGCAGCACACAUCCCUGCAAAAACGCACCCCUGUAAAAUUGGAGCAUCGACACAGAGCACAGAGCAUCAUACAGAGCAAGGCCUUGGAUGAGCUGGAGACUGAGGUGUUCGAGACAGGCCUCUAUGAGAAUUCAGACCUGAGCACUGGAAGCAGUUAUGGAGUGAUGGGUGCAGAGAUUCUCUACAGUUAUGUGUGGUGGAGCAUCUUCCAUGCUCUACCAGCAAUGGUGUGGUUCUUCCCUCUAUGUGAAAUGGAGAUCAGUGGAUACGAAGCAGCGGCAUUCGUUUGGUUCUCCCCAAUUUUCACUCUGAUAGGUCCAAUACGGAGAGCCAUUUCUACCCCGUUUGGACUCAUGGUCCUCCGCUUGUUGAGUAUAGUGGGUGUGGCCUCAUUCCAAGCACCCACCAACAAAUCCAGACUCCUCAUCUUGGCCGCAGGAAACUUAUUUGUAAUGCUUGGCUGGGUAGCAAACUGGUGGAACAUGUCAAAGUUAGACAGGCAUCGUCGUAUCUACCUGCACCUGCUAGGUUACCUGUUCUUCCUGGCUGUGCGGGUGUGGGGCUCCACCUUCAACUACAUCUACAUGAGCUACCAACUAAACAAUGUUGUUUCUGUGCUCUGUGUCCCACUAGCUAUCUACUUGUACAUACGAGACCAGAGAACCCCAGUGAUUAGUCAUGAGUUAAGCGAACCCCCACGGGCUAACACUAGAUAUCCAGGUCUCCUGGCAACAGGGGUGGGAUUUGGUGCGCUGCUGUUUCUGACUGGACUAUUGUUUGGAGAGGUGUCAGUUAUCGUCAGGUACUCAGUGGUGCCGAUCGGAGAGCAGGGGCCCCAACCUUGGCCAUGGGGACUGGCCACCCUGUGUGCCCUCACUGUUGGCCUGCUGGGAUCUGGUCAUUGCAGAGACCUCCUUUCUUCCCAUCCCUGGACCAUGGUCGGGCUCUUUUUCUCAAUGGUCUUCUAUUUCAUGGAGUCCUAUACUGCCUUCUUUGGUGGCCUCAUAUUAGCAGUGUACACAAUGUCCCUUUUGCCUCACAUCUCCAAGCGUCUUGUUAAUUUCCCAUCUGGGAAGGUCUUCCCCAUUGCUAUGCUGUCAUACUUCUUCUUAUUGCUACUCUCAGUAUGGGUGGUGGCGUAUAAGUUUGUACCCGGUGGAGUGAUCACUAGGGAACGGAGCGAUGCCAUGCAUGUUCUUUUGAUACUGCUAAUAGGGAUGGCCUCAAGAAAAUUUGGAAGUGAGCACGAAUCAUCGAAGAUGCAUAGUCAGAAAGCAGCCAACAAAAAAUCGACUUUGUUUGGUCGAUUCUUUCGUCGAUUGUCCACAAUCACUGAGGAAGACAGUGAAGAAUGGCAGGAAACGACGAGAGGAAGUACCACUCAUCAGGUGAGGGCCAGGGAGCUGAUAGUAGCCGAGGAGAAAGAAGGAAGACGCUUCCAUAGCAAAGCCAUCAAAGUUGGUGUGGCCAUUAUUUUGCUCGCUCUGCUUGGCUUUGCUAGUCGUUAUCGUCCUUACCCUCCAAUGCCAGUCGAGGAACACCCUAAUAUUGUGAGUGGUGGAAUCUGGGCCUUUCAUUUUGGCUAUGACAACAAGGCUUUUCCGAGCAUGGAGAGAGCAGCUCAACUCAUUCUCAACUCAGAGGUGGAUGUGAUAGGUCUCCUGGAGACGGAUGCAGCCAGGCACUUCAUUGGUAGCAGGGACAUCGCCACCUGGCUGGAGGAGAGACUGAAUGUGUAUGUGGAUUACGGUCCAGGCCCCAAAGCCCACACUUUUGGGUGUUUACUGGUCUCCAGGUAUCCUAUUGUCAAAAGUACACACCAUCUCCUUCCGUCACCAGAAGGGGAGAUUGCCCCAGCUAUUGUGGCUACUGUCAAUGUAUCUGGAAGCCUAGUUGACUUCCUCGUUGUACACUUUGGAAAUGAGGACUUUGGCAUCUCCACCGAGGCAUCAGCACCUGCAGUGCUUUCAUUAUACCACAUUACUUAUCUUGUGGUAAUUCUUGACAGGGAUAAUCUGGAUCGGAAACUUCAGGCACACGCGGUAGCUGAGCUCUUAGCCAAUGCUACGAACCCCAUUGUUAUGCUGAGCUACGUAACCGAUCGUCAUGGGAGCAGAGACUACAAAACAAUAGUGGAGAAAGGGAAUGUGAAUGAUAUUGACACGACUGACAGGAAGAGAUUCUGUGAGUACAUCUUCUAUCGAGGUCUCAUAAGACUUGGCUAUGCUAGAAUAUCCCAUGGAGGGCUGAGUGACACCGAGGUCCAGAUAGGAAAGUUCAGGAUCCCGUCUUCACCUGCUGAACCCGAUCACUCCACCGUAACUCAGAACCCGGAGGAUGUGCCAGCAUGGACACACUUCCCUGACAUGUUUGGGAAGUUGUUCCAGGGUCACUAUUAUGAUGAGUCAAGACAUCACUUUCAUAUGAACACACCAAAGUACUUUAAAGUAUAGCUACAUACAUGGUUAUAGUGGUCUCACUACUCUACAAUAUAAUUAUAGAGCUGAGAUCAAGAUGUAUUCAUUUACUAUUAUUGUAUUCGAAAGACAACAAUGGAGUCAUGUUGAA